AUGAUGCUGUCACCAACGUUGUGCCGACCCCGACAUUUAGACCCCGAGAGGCUACGAGCCAGACUUGGUUCAGAGAUAUUCAACAAGCUGCGAUACCAUGAAGCUGCAGUGGUGAGCACUGGGCAGUUCCACUUGUUCGCGUUGAGCAGCGAUACACUGUUCAUCGUGCCGCUUAUGAGUCGAGGCGGAGUUGAUCCGGAUAGGUGUUUACCGCUGCGGAAUGUCGCCAUGGUAGAGCGAGUGCUGCCUACAAACAAGAAGCAAAAAGGUCUGCUUUUGCUACCGACCAGUCAACUCUUUCGACUGCAAUUACGAGAGGCGCCAACCAAGAAAACGCCGUCGGAAGUGUUCUUCUCGACGUUUGAACCACAGACGCAACUCUUCUUUCAACUUUCACGGGCGUUGCGCAUCGACUUCCAGAGACAGUUGAUCCCGCAACUUCAACGCGCGGAUAACGCUUUAGAGCAGCGUCUCGAAUUGACGAAUCUGUUGGAGAUGUUUGUGCUGGAUCUAGCCCGUGCACGUGACGACAUUGAGCGUACUGGAUUGCUUAAAGAGCUUACUGCCGCUGCGUACUCCUCGGACGAAUUGAGACAGCUAUUCUUUGAAGAUCGUACACAAGUCUCAGACUGUACCGGUCUAGUUGCUCUUUUAGGUCGCCAGCUUUCGAUCCCACUGCGUCGAAGCGACAACACUAAGGCGCGAGUGGAGUUUCUAUUCAGUAUUGCGAGCGUUUUUAGUGCCAUGUGCUUUGACAUGCAACUUCGAACAAGUUGCUUCGAUAAAUUAGCACCGCAUGAGUUAGUAUGUAACCUACUUGCUCGUGGGGUGGAGAGCUACGAUAAAGCUGAAGAUAUCUCUGUCGAUACACAUGUGGUACGCGAAGAUUUCAUCGAUGCUCAAGCGGCAGUGCUUCUCGCACUCGAUGCUAUGCAGCAGUACGAAGACUUCCGUUCGCAUCGGCACCAGCAGAUGAGGGGAUUGUUGAUCGAGAGAUCCACGUCCGUAAUGCAGCAAGCAACUAAAGCUCCAGCGUUUCCAGAUUGGCUUCCGAAAUUUUUUAAGCGAGUUUGCAUCGCAGUAUCGCGCGCAGCUAUCGCAAUCGAGCGACUUGAGGACUGCGAGCUCGAGGGAGAUCAACGCAAGGAGCAAGGGGAAUCGGACGACAAAGAGGACGGUUUUGCUUGUACAGGAGCUUUGAAGCCGGCACAAGUGCUGUCACUUUGGAGAUGUGUGACUGUUCUGGAUCUGCUCGUGAAGUGCGAUGUUGCUUCGGGUAGCGACCAAGUGCUGGCAAUACUCUUGCGAACGCGAAAAUACUACAUUGACAUGUACCUGAGACCUCCACGCUUCCUGACAGCACUGACCACGAGUGGCAAACCACAUCUCGAAGAUGUUGCAUCCAAACUGAAGAGGUUCCUCGAAGCACUACGAGAGCGACGGCGAGGCUUAAGAAAUAAAAGCGUAAUAUAA